AUGGGUGUUUGCUGGGUUUUAUUAUGGGGUGGCUGUGUUUUAUUGGUGCCCAACGCAUUGGGCUGUAAGUGCUCCAUAGGGUGCAUGCAGGGGGCCCGAAUUGGCUUAACGGGUGCUUCUGUUUGGUAAAUAUGGGGGCUGGUCUCCAUCGGUCUGGAAUCACUGAUGAUAAUAGUAAUAAGAGGAGGCUGACAAGGCUGCACAUCCUUACCAGCUUCCCUCCUGUGGGGAGAGAGCAAUUACCUGAUGAAGGAGAUGGCAUGGGAUGCUUUGCCUUGUUGCCGAAAGUUUUGCAGUGUUACAAGUAAUUAAAACUUGGGUUUUUUUUGGUGGAAAGUAUGGAGCAGCUCCAUGAUACAUCGCUGUAGCUGUCAGCUCCACCUGCAAUAAAACCAACUGCCCGCCUCCGCUGCAGCAACGCAGUGUGCUUAAAAACUGCUCCGAGGAAAUCUUGUCAGUGCAGCAGGGUUACAGAUCAGGCAUUGCAACAGAGUAAGGGAAGGCAACAUGGAAAAACAAAGCGCCUUGGUGGUGUGAUCUCGGCAUAAUCCCACUGCAGUGCAAUACUGCCUUUCAGCAGUGGCGCGGGAGCAGCCACAAACACCUCUCCUCUCCUCCUUCCAAUGGAGCCAGUCUGCAAAGGCAGCCACCCCAGUGAUGUGUGCGGGCGAGUGCUCGGCUCUGCACCGUGCCUGGCUCUGUGCAGCCAUGUUACACCUUAGCUGUGGCUGUUUGGGCAGUAAGGUGGCACAGCUGUGUCACGCUGUGCUGGAGGCCAUGCGAACAUGGAAGGAAUGUUCUGCUGCACACAGUUUGCAGCUGAAGGCACUGCCACAUCCCAAAGGACGGAGGGCUGCAGUGGGGCGGACACGACUGCUGAGUGUGGAACGUCCAAAUGUUCCCCAUUCUGAACAAUAAAGGUUUCCUUGUACUGCUCGUCCCAUCUGGCAGGACAGGUAUUAUAAGUCCUAUUCGCUGCAGUGCUGUAUUUCAUGCUGCUGGCACUGAAGAAAGGAAGGCAUUGUGACAAACGUAGCAUCGCAUUGAUUUGUUUCAUAUAGAAAAGACAUUAAAAAGGCAGGCAUUGGUCAUACUGAUACCGAUAAAGACAUGGUAAUGCUGAAACCACAUGAAUUUUAACCAGAAUCUCAAAGAAAAGCAAUUCAAGAGAAAAAGGAGCCCGUUGAUAAUGAGGGACGUAGCAAAAGGUGAAUGAGUAGGAAUAGCCGGUCUGAUGUAAAGCUGAAUAAGCAUGUUCUCUGUGAUGGCAGGGGAAGGAAAGGCACAGCAGCCUGCAUCCUCUGCUCCGGUGGUAACGUCGCUGGGAGCUGCACGCGUUCAGCUGAGGGCAGCACGGGGUCAGAGCCGCUUCUCAUCACUAUGAACUGACGUCUGGAAAAUCCACAGGCUGAGUUGUGAAAGCUCAAAGGCCAAGUGCUGAGCGCACGGGGGCUUUCUGCGGCCAGCAGGGAAGUUUGCUAAGACAUAUAUAUGCUUUCUCACAGUGUCUCGGGGUUAUCCUGCCAAAUCCUGAGCUCCUCUCAUCCCACAGAUGACUUCUGGCGCUGGAAACCUCCACUCCCAGAGCAGAGCAGAGCCAAGCAGGGGCUGUGCUUGGGAUUAAAGCUCCACGUCCCGGCUCACCUUCCUGGGAUGAGUCUCGGUGCUUUUCUGGUACCUCCCCAGCAGGGAACAUGGGGACAGAUCACUUUGACCUCCAUCUUUACUCACACCCACGCUGGUACAGCCUUUGGGAAGCACCACAACAUCCCCUGCAGCUCUGGACUUUGGGAAACCCACUCCAAAGUGCUCCAACUCUUUCUGUUCCAGCAACAAAUCGGGGGCAGCUCCACUUUCCCAGAUCCUGUGUGCCAUCGCGCUGCCUCCAGCUUAUCUGCCAGCAAUCAAUGGUGCUUUACGUCCUAAUAGAGGUUUAUUCAUCCAACUUGCCCAUGAGUGUGUCUUACUUGGAUUUAAUCACAAUGUCUGGUUUUAGCUGCGUGCUCAGCAGCAUGGCAAGUCAUCGCUGUGCUCUCCGCACCAAAUUCCUAUUGAUGGAUGGCAGCGCUUACAUCAGAGAUUAAUGCAACAAUAUGACUCUUGCUUUCUGCAAGUUUAAGUCAAUGGAAGCUAAUUAUACCUACUGAUGCAAUACCAGAAUUGACGUGUGAGUAAGAUCCAACCUGACUGAGUGCUGCCCUGGUAACUUCUCUCUGUCUCCAGGAUCUCAUCCGUCACAAGCGGCCGAUGGAGAGGUGUGCACACAGCAGGGCAAAGGAUGCAGCCCACAGCUAAAGGGGUGCUUUCCUGGGGACACUGGCAACCAGAAAAAGAAAGGAUGAGUGGAUAUUGGAGACAGCAAGCUUUCCUAUUGGCAAAGCCAUGGGCUGUUCCAAAUCAGCUCAGUGUGUAAUUUUCUUGAUUCUAUAGGAUUACCACUGUUGGUCCCACAAAUAACCUGGAUGUGUUCAGCCUGAGGAAAAGAAGUCUGAUUAGGGAUCUGAUUCGUGUUUAUAAAUAUCUAAAGGGAGGUGGGAGGCAAAUGGAUGAGGCCAGGCUCUUCUCAGCAGUGUGUAGCAGUAGAACAAGGGGUACUGGCCUGAACUCGAACAUUGGAAGUCCCAUAAAAAUAUGCAGCAUUUCUUUACAGUAACGGUGAUGGAGCACUGGAACAGGUUGCCCAGGGAGGUGGUGGAGUCUCCUUCUGUGGAGAUAUUCAUGAGCCAUAUGGACACCGACCUGUGUGACCUGUUGUGGGGCUCCUGCUUUAGCAGGGGGUUGGAAUUGAGGACUUCUUGAGCUCCUUCCAACCCCUGCAAUUCUGACUCCGUGAUGACUUGCUGGGACAGUUUUUGUACUGAAUGGAAUAAAGUCCUGCUCAUUGGUCCCUAGGCAACUCCUAGAACAAAUUACUAACCACUAAUCCACACACAGCCAUCAAAAUAAGACCCACAGUCAUGUUACCCUUCAGUAUCUUUUGUGCUUGGAAAUCAGCACCUUAACUUUCCAGAAACAAAUCAUACGAAUCUGCAGAUUUGUUUAAAAAAAAAAAAAAAAAGACAAGUGUUAAAAAGGGUUCUGAUGUGAAAUUCCACAAAAGCAAGCAGUAAAAUAGAUGGAAUUUGAGCGUGAGCAACAAAGAAAAACAGCUUCUGUCCCCGAUGGAGUUGGAAAGCUGGGCUGCAGAUUGAGCUGUGCGGUAGCAGCAAUCACAACAGGUCAGCGCGGUGCCUCCCCCAUCAGCUCCCCUGUCAGCCACUGCUGCCUGCCUGCUUUUAGCCCAGAGCAGGAACCGGGAGCAGAAGGAAAAGAAAAACCUUCAUUGAUAUUCACAAUGAUGUCUUACGUGUUCAGCAUUGUUUUUGUCUCAGGGAGCUCUUUCAGAAAAUGUGAGAAAACGAGUUAUUAGGUGGAAGAAUGGUCAUCAGAAGUGAAGAAAGGGCUCUGCUGGGAAGGAAGGGGCUGUACUGCUCUGUGUAUCGAAGUACCGCGAAUCCUUUUGAUUAUCAUUUUGAUUACUGUGUGUGUAUAUUUGGUAAGACGGAUUCAGAUUGGGAACUGUGGAAAAAAACAAAUUCGUGACCUUAACUAAGCUAAACACCAAAUUAGAAGCCUCUAAUGAUCAAGGCACGAGUUGAAUUUGCAGCUGGCAAGUAGUUGUUCCCUUGCACUGCCAGCAUCAGAAUGGUAGCAUCCCUCCUCGUCCCCAUUGCCAUGCAGCAACGUCCUGAACCCAGCUCCAGACCCAGCCCAGCCCCACUGCUGCCAUUGGGGACCUUCAGCUGGGGACCCGGCACCUGCUGGGCUCUGCAGGAGCGGUGCCAAGGGCCUGCCCGCUGGUUCCCAAGCACAGAGCACGAACCCCAUUUUCCAGCCAUCCGGCCCCAGUGCGGGGCAGGCAGGAAGGAGCCUCGCCAGCUGGCUGCUAGCUGAGGGCUCCAGCAGGGAGAAGCCCGGACAAGGAGUCCUGCACGCUGCCAGCAUUGCUGCCCAGGGCCCAUUUCACAUUUGGAAUGGUUCCCGGCCACCAGUUCCACUCGGGGCAGGAGGCGGCUGCAGGCAGGAGGGGAGGCUGCCCACCUCUGCCAGCUCUCCUCAGCCCGGGCACUCUGUUUGCAGAGCACGCUGACAGUUUUCAGCCCCUGCCAUUUGAAAGCGGAUCUUGCAGGUACUGUCGCCUCACACGCACAAAGGGAGGCUUUUGGCUCAAAGCACAGCAUUAAUACUGGCGUGAGUCGUGCCCAAAAAGUUUCACAGGAAACUUCUCAUUGACCGAGAUGUGAUUUGUUACCAGGCUUGCACAGUGCAUUAAAACAGCAUAACAAAAAACCCCAACCACUGAGCCCCCAGGCAAGAGAGUACCCCAGUAACUCUGCCAUGCUGGUGGGGGCUCCUGGUGCUCCCCACAGCCCCUGGGUGCAGAGUUGGGCUCUGCCCGUGGUGCCUUCAAGCAGGUCUUCACAUGGACCAGAAGCAGCCCUGCUCCAGGAGACCGGGAGCUGAAGUAAUGCAGGGACAGAGGGAGAAGGAAUGAAAUGGAUCCAUUAGUCUCUCAUUUCCUCAGUGUUUCAGUUGUCAUGAACACAGACCAUCCAUUCCAGAAGCGCAGAGCAGAGAUCAGGGAGGAUUUCAAGCAGCAAACAGAUGGACCUCAAAGGAAACCCCAACUCCUGCCUGCAAACUAAAGGCUGCAGCAAGGCUUGCCGUCACCUACUGCCAUCUCUGCCUUCUCCAGCUGGUCCACAACCAGCUGCAACGUGCAUUGCUUUCCCAAAGCAGGGGAGAGCACCAAGAGGACCAGAAGCACUGGAGAGCAAAGCUCUGUGCUCCCACCCCUUCCUGUCCCCCCCUGCACACAUCUGCUGUGUAGAAGGAGCCUGGGUUGGCUCUGUGUGUCCUCUCUGCACAGACCCAUCCUUGUCCCAUUAGAUGGAGCAGCAUCCCAGCCCUUCCUCUGGACCCAGUGCUCAGCUCCAGCCUCAUCCCACGGCCACUUUGGGUCUGGGGCUCUCCAGCAGCUGCAGCCCAACCCAUGCCAGCGUUGUUUCACUCAUCAGCUCAGCACAGCAGCCUUAGUGGAGAGAAGUCCCCAUGCAAAAACCUUUGCUGCGUCACUCUAGAUGGCUCCACAAGCACGAAAACCAUUCUGAAGAAGAAGAGCAGUGCUUGGCUGUGCCAUACGUGGGCCACCUGAUGAAGCUCAGCCCUCUGUCCAGCUGUAGAGGAUCAGGGAACGGACACUCCCAGGCAGAGGGACGCUGUCACGUUGGGUUUCCCACAUUGGCAGACGCUGAGGUGACAAAAUGCAAUAGGUAGAACUGAGACAAACAGCAGCAGCCUGGUUUCCAGUGAGAAAAACAGAUUGUGCGCUCAUAACUGCAGCCUUGGAGGGCAGCACGUGUUCUCAUUGCUUCAGGUGAAUAGGACUAGAAGAGGUUUUUCCUACCUUUUGUGUAGCAUAUGUAGCACAGCUGCUAUUUAAUGUAAAUGAACUUAGCAGAAAUUGGAUAACUCCCACACGAGUAAUUUUACACCCAUCCAGCAUUUAAGUUCUGAAUGCAAUAAUUUGCAGCACCACAGCAAGGCUGGAAUUCCCAAAGCAAGUGGUCUACUUUUAAACCUUUCGAGCUCCAUUUUUUUUUAUGAGGUGUAGAAAUUUGCUUCCUUUGCUGCUUCAGAAGUUAAUCUGCAUCAAAAGCUUCAGGGAUGUGGUUCGGUCUGUCGGGGGCCACCUGAUCAAAAAGCAGCAGAACAAAGCUGCUUUCUGCUGCCCAUCACGUGCAAGGAGGAGCCCACAGGCUGCUCAUAGCCCUUCUGCUGGUGCCUGGCUCACCACUGCCUGAUGGCGUUGCUCUGAGAGCAUGGGGAAAUGCAGAAAUGCCUUGUUUCCCUGAUGCCAUCCUCCAGCUGGGAUGCGAUGCAGCUCUGAGCUGUGCUCCUGGCUCAAUAAGGAGCCGUGCAAAGUCUCACUGAGUUGUUCCAGCGUCAGUCAGCAUUACCCACAGCAGUUGCACUGUGCUGCAGAGAGAUGCUCGUGGCUCUCCUUUGCAAACAGUGUUUAAAUUCAUGGCUUAUUUUCUUCUCUGUUUUUUGAUGGCUUUUCGUAUGGCUGGGACUCAAUGGUUUACUUGUCGGUCUUUUUCUUUGUGUGAUAACUCAAGAGACCCAAACACAAGGCAAAGCUCUGCUAUCUGCUUGUGCGUUGCAGGAAAUAAAUGAGAGCAAGAAAAGGGUCUGAGACACCACAAAACCCAGAAGAUCUUUCUGCUGGUCCUUGCAAGGAGUCUGUGUCAUCCAGAGCAUGGAACAGCACUGGAAUGGGCAGCUGGAGGAUGGAUCACUUUGCUUUGCAUAAAGCCCAUUGCCUCAGAAGAGGCAGGAGCAGGGCUGGUAAUCGGCUGCUGAGAUGCAAUGCCCUUCCCAAAUCAGGGCUGCCAAGAAGUACCUUCUGCACAAGUCUUGGUUUGGAAUUUCAGUGAGAAAUCUGAGCCUUGGCCCUAGCACUGGAUGGAUCACUUUGUCACCACCUCUGAAUCAAAUGCUUCCAAAGCAGGAGUGCUGGUACUGCAGUGCCCAGCGCUGUGCUGGCCAGCCCCAAACACAGCCACGGCAAGAGCUGAGCAUCGCUCCUGAGCACCCGCAUGUCGUGUAUGGAGAGUGCACAAAAGCAGAAGCGAGGUCUGUUUGGGAGCCCAGGCUGCCCAGUAUGCCCCAAAGGGCUCUGGUGGAGGAGACAGACCCAAACUUCUUUCCCUCUGCAGUGAGACGCACUGCCUUCCCCGAUGCUGUUGGGCUUUGCCUCCACUUGGGGAAGAAAGAAAGAAAAGACAAAAAACAAAAAACGUUUGUGGCAAAUGGAGAUGCAAUUAUUCUAAAACGUCGUCUUUUCUGAGAUGUAGCAGCAACAAAAAUUGCACGCAGAUCAAAGAGAAAGGAGGCUGUGCUCAGGGACAGCUCAAAAAUAAUACGGGGCAGUUGCUGAGCAACUUUCCAGUGCAAAGUCUUGCUUUUUUCUGGUUCCUCCCCCAUCUGCACAAGAGGGAUGGCGUCUAGUAUUGGUCAAAGGAAGGUCUGUGUGAUUGCCUGAGUACAAUUAGAUCUGAGGUCUUUGCAAACAGCUCCCGUCAAUCAACCCCAAGCCAUUGAUCUUACAUCUCAAGCACUUAUUGAAAAAUAAAUUAUGCUUUUUUGAUCUAAUCAACUAUUAAGGAUCCUCUCCUUCCUUUUAGGGACUGGGUAAAUAAAAUCCUUCCAUCAGAACUUGCUUAAUAAUUAUUCUGGACACACGGUGGACCGAAUCCUGAGUGCAAAGCAAAGCUAUGACUCAGAAACCAAAGGCUGAUUUCUUUUCCCUCCACUCCUCUUUUUUUUUGUUGGAGUAUCCAUUCUUCCAACAGGCAUUCACACAGUUUGGUGCACAUUGCUAAAUGCAGUCCCAUAAUCAGGGCAUUGUUUGUUAUCUGCACGUGUGCUGCGGGGAUCCGCGUGCUCCAAAGUGGUGCCCAAGGAUUUCACCUUCCUCUCCUGCUGUGAUUUGUCCCUCUCCUGCUUUUGUGCCGCAUCCAUUACAGAUGCAGAACUGCUUCUGUGCUCUGAGGAGGGACAGUGAGUUUCCAUCCGUGGGGACCCUCUGCCAUCAGGAGUGCAGUAAUGCCGGCUGCUGUCAGCACUCCUUGAUAAAUCAAUGGUGGGGCUGGGAUGAACCACUGUGGGCAGGGGCAGUGGUCAGGUGGUUGCCGUCCUUCUGGGGUCCCUGAGGAGAUGUUUAGAUCCCCAAUAGCCAUCAAUAGAGGACGCUUCCCUUCAUUUUGUCAUGGAAGUGAAUAAAUUUGACACUGCAGAAAGAGGAGUUAGCAGGCCUGCCUUAGGGCUGGUGCAGGUGAGAUGGGCAGGGAAGAUGGUCUGUGUGUUCAGCUCUCUGCCAAAGCACAUCUGGUGCACAGCACAGUGACCCUGCAGCCCCUGUGUCACACGUGGGGGACACGGAGCCCACAGCUCCACUGCUCUGCCCCAGCCUGCAGACGUGGGGAACCCUGCUUUGCAUUGGGAUGGGAUGGAGGAGCAGCGCUGGGGAGGGGUCCCUGUGGGCACACCCAGAGCAGUGCCACCCACCGGGUCGGACACCGCCCAGCACCUCCUCCCAGGGGCCAAACCCGAGGCAGAACUGACGCCUGACCCACACCGGCACUGACACAGCGCUGUUUGCCCUGAGAUUUUCCAGCUUUUUUUUUUUUUUUUUUUUUUUUUUUUUACGAAGUGCCCCUUUGACAGCAGCGGAGCCGGCUCAGCUCUGCCUCUUGGAUGCUGGCGCGCCGCCGCCCUUUAAUUAAGUCUGCUGCUAUGUCUGACGUUGGCGGCAGCGCUUCGGGUCGGCGGCGCGGAGGCUGUGGGAACUGCACAGAGAUCGGGCGGUGCGGGGCCGUGGGACGGCUGAGGCGUCCGAGGUAACACUGCAGAGCGGUCGUGUCGCUAUUACCGCACUCACUGAUCAGACUGAUGGAGAGCGCGGACCCAGCCGGGGCGUGGAAAAACUCCUUAGCCUGCAGGGAAGGGGUUGGCUGGGAGCAGGGAGCGGUCGUUUGAAAGCCAAAUCCUCUCUCGAUGGCACAAGCCGUGGGGAAGCUGCUGCCACGGGGCUCUCUGACAUCCCCUGGCACCAAAGUGCAAGGUGAACCAUUUGCAGUGCAGGUUUCCAGCAGUACCCGUGGGCGGCUGCAGCCUGCAGAUAGGCUAAAGCUUGAUUUGGGUACUUUGGAAAACCAGUCUCUCGUUGCAAAGCGCUUUGGGAUCUUGACUGGGAAGUGAGACUGCCCCCAUCAAGUGACCAGCAGAAAGAAGAGAGCAGCACCUGCUCGAGGCUGCCCUUCUGUCAGUGCACACUGUGAUGGGCAGCAGUGAUUUGGAUUCUGCCUCUCGAUUUCCACCAGCUGGACUCUGCUGCCCCACAGAAGCUAAUCUCUGCUUUGACCCCACAGGGCAGUCUGAUUAGGUCUGCUCUGCUUGCAGAUAGAGCCGUAUACAGAACAGCAUUGCAAUUAAACAUUUUCUCUGCUCUAUGCUAAUGAGAAACAGGAAGAGCUAACAGAAUGCACAAUGGCAGAUAAUUACAGCCGAGCAAUUACUGACACAGUCCUCCCUCGUCUUCACGUUGCUUUUUCCACUGCUCAGUGCUUGCCAUGAGCCUGACUCGGUGAGCAGAGCUGUGAGCACAGUGAGCCAUGGAGAAGCCCUUGGAGGCACGACCCUAAAGCAGCCCCACAUAAGCACAUUUGCAUACAUGCAAGCUCAGACAGAAUCACUUUAAAACAACGCCAUCAUAUUCUCAUACACUGAGUGUCACAUGAAACGUUACCCAGAGUGCCCCCCUCUUGCUCCCAACCCACUUGCAUGCAAACAGGGUCUGCAAAGCCCCUCUCUGGGCGCUGCAAACAGCACUGGCUGUGUGUGACGCACCGUUAACUGGUGGAAUUAUGAACUCUAUUUCAAAACAAUCUGCCUAGCACCGAGCCCAUGGCCUCUGCACACCAUUAUUAACAAAAUGAUGGUGAUUGGAGUCGGACAGUUCAUCUUGUACCUGAGCUAACACCAUUAAUUUAUCGCUGUGCUCUGCAUCCCCUCCCUUUUUCCAUCUCACACCAUGCUGUUAGACCGUGCAGGAAGACAGCACAAAACAAAGAGAAGGAGAAGACAGCAUGUGGAAUUACAGGUGAACCUUCCCUGCUAACUGCUGACCUCACAGAGCAGGUGCUCCUCCCCCAGCCCAGGUCUGCAGCGCCUUCCAAGCUUUGUUGUUCUUCUCUGUUUUCCAAGCAAACUUGCCAAGCAGCAGGACAGCCUGCAUUAGCUAACAGUACCUGCAAAAAUAGCACAUCACGGACUUUGGUCUGUUUGACGGUAAUUUUCAAGCUCUCCAGUGUCUCUUAUGCCCUGUGAAAGAAAGGAAAGAAGAGCAAGAGAGCCAAGUAGGGAAUUAUCCCUCACUUCUCGCUCCCUGCUGGUAGGCAGUGUUUCACAGCCUCAGCUCGCUGAGACAUGGGGAAGUGACAGAGCCAGUAGGGUUUCUGUGGCUGUUGGCCUUGGGAUAACCAAGUAUGGGUUCUCAGGCAGUCAUAAAGGAGAGCUGACUCCCACUAUCCCUAAAUUCUGGCCGUAUAGCAUGCAGGAAAGCAACUGACUGAUUGCCAUCCCUUGGAGGCACAGGCAUCAGCUCAGUGACCUGCACGUUACUGGUCAGGCUGAGAUGGAGCACGGCAAGAGCAAAAGUGCUCCUGAUGGAAGAGCUCCCACACAGUGUGGCUUCAUAUCUCCUGUGUGAUUCACUCCCUUAGUUUACACUGGAGAUACCUAACCUUACUUCUUGUCCUUGGCUUCUCCCACUCCACAGCAUCCUACCUGCAGAGCAGCUGCACCCCACCUGGGGGGGGUCAGCACUGCAGGACCUGAUAUCUUAUUGAGGACAGGGAGAUGUUCAGUCUUUCAGCUUUCCUUUAUUCCCAUGGUUCAUUCCAACAUGUUCUGAACUCGGUGAGAUCUCAGUGACUGUUGUGUUCAGCGGCAGCUCUGUCACAUUGGAGCCCCCUGAGAUGGCUGAGUGGUUUCACAAGAAGAGAGUCAUAACUGCAGGAAGGAAAAUGAGAAUCCUGUUAUGGACUGCAGCAGCAAACUCCCUGUCUUUGCAGAGGAAUGGAUGUAACACAACAGGCCAGAAACCUUGGCAUGCAUCAGGCUGGCAGGUGUAGCAGCUCUUGUUGCUGAAAUGUCAUUCAUUGCAAGCUAACCCAGUAAAUGGAACUGCUUCAGGUUACAGCUCCUCUCAGGACCCAGGGGAGCUCUAGUUUCUUUGUGCUCUACUAUUUCUCUGUACCAGUCUGACUCCAAAUUACUGGCUUGCCUGGAGGCCAAAGCAGCCCAGGAAUGCAUAUUUGUUCCUGGAAGAGGGAGGACAGGUAAAAGCAUCCUGAGCAUUGUUGUUACUUCUCCUGCAGAGAGCUGAUGCUUCUAAAUGUUUCGCCUUCCUCCCAUCGCUGCAACCCUUUUAAUCCCUCCUCACCAUGCUUCUAUUGUCGCAUGCCUGACGUAUUCCCUAUUAGUCUCUGCUGACUUAUAGCAAACAUCAAAAGAAAGCCUGAAAAGAUGAGGAAUCAGAGACCAGUGAAGCACAGCUCAGGGUCUGGGAGGAAACAGGCAGGCAGAGUAGGCAGCUUCUGGCAAUCUUCUGGCCUGUUCAAGCACAGAAAAGGAGGGCAGAGGAGCCAAGGGUGACCAUGACUCACAGGGGUGGGUCAAGGAAUCCAGCAGAGCUGAUGAGGGCUGAAAGGACAGAUGGCCGUAUCCUCCUCUAACCCGAAGGGCAUCUUCCUUUGAAGGAGAAGUGCUUUGAUAACUGACUACAGUGCUGCUGGACUUUACAGUGCAAUGCCUUUCACAGACUGCCCUUGAAAAGAUGCUUAAAGUUCCUGCAGACCUGCUAGGAACAAUACCAGCAGCAUCUCCUGUGACUUCUGCCUGCUCUUCAUCCUCAAGAGAUGGCUGUGUGGGCUGAGCCCUUCUGAUGAAGGUGUCAGUCACCACCCGGGACUGUAUGUUGACAUUUCAGGCUGUGGGUGUGAAGGCAGCCUCAGUCCAGCCAAACCAAUUCUGUCUGCAUCUCCACUUGCACCUUGCUGGCAUCUCCUUCCCGUCCUCCUGGGCAGCAGAGUGGAGGUUUUGAUGUGAUAGAAUCACAGAAUGGCUUAGGUUGGAGGAGACCUCAAAGCUCACCCACUUGCAGACCCCUGCGAUGGGCUGGCUGCCCCCCCAGCUCACACUACCCAGAGGGCCCCAUCCCAACAGGCCUUGAACACCUCAUCCUGUCCUCUCCUCUUAAGAAGAAAUCCACACGCUUCAGAUAAAGUCUUCAUCCACCAUGGAGGUCUCUGGUGACAAGCCAGCUUUAUAUUUCUGCUUGGAAAGCAUCUGGAGGAAAGGGAGCUACCCUUUCCUUCCUGUUGCACACAGCAAACCAAUAUGGUUAUAUCUUCAUAAGAGAAAAUUGGGCCUACAUUGAGUGGCAGUAUUGAAUUAAACCAAAUUAAACUUUGAUACGUAUGAGAGAUAUGUUAGUUACUAUAUAAAGUAUUAUAAUUAAUCGGUCCAGGAAAUCUCUUAAAUAUUACAUGAGGCCACCAAUGAGUUUCCUGCCUGUGGGCCCCCACACACCAGCAGGGAGCUGACAUUUGCAGAUCUUCUCCCUCAAGAACCUCAUGGCAGCUCUGAAGAAAACCAUGGGCGCCAUAAGUGGGCUUAAGCUCUAAUUGCUUAGUGCCAUUAGGUUUUAUAAAACUCGAUUAAGCAUUAAGGAGCACACUGCUCUGCAGCUGGCACCAAAGCCCAGAGAAGCCCAGCUCGUUUCUCUACAGCUGCUCCAUUUUUGUGCCCACCUGAGAACAACACCAGCAUCAGGUAGGAACUGUUGGAAUGUCCUCCUCAGCUCCACACCUGCACUACUUACUGCCAUCAGAAGCAUUAGGAGUGACAGCCCGGCUUUUUUAAAGCCAUCCCCUAACAGAGUGCCGAAUUUAACUGAUGUUUUUUCAACACAACUGUAAUGUUUACUCUUCCACAUGGCAAAAUGCUUCCACCACUGAUUACAGCUGCUUAUGAAUCUCAUGUCUCAUUAUUCAGACCCUGCAGUCUCUCUCUGAAAACAUCUAUGGGCCUUAACAGCUGCUGCCAAUUGAGUCCAAGCUGACAGAUGCAGGAUGACUUUUGGUUUUAUUCCCCUCGUGCUCUGAAAUUUUCAUUUCAGAACGCAAUAUUGAAUUGGCCUUGACAAGAACCAGGUGCUAAUUCUGAUCAGGCAGUUACUGCAUUACUCAUCGUGCUGUACCUGUUUUCCUCGGAGCAGCAAAACUCAGCACUUUGACGCUCACAGCAGCGCUGUUGGUUCCAUUAAGCUGGAAAUGGAUCUCAUAUCCAACACAAAGCUUGCUCCAUUCAGUCUCUCUCAGUGUGAUACUGCCACCAAUAGAAGUCAUUUUGCCACCUGGCUCAGCAGCCCAGCUGCUCAUUCCGUGGUGUUCCAUGUUCUCUCUACUGUGAGAAAUGGCAUUAUCUGUAUCUCAUCCUCUGAUGCUACCUAGCCGAAACUCCUCUUAGGGUUUGGCUUCCCUGUCUGUGCAGCAGUUGGGCUCUGGCAAAGCAGGAGCUCAAAGUCUCCUCUGGAGGUUUCACCCUCACCUGCUCUGGGCUCUCUUCUCUCCACUGCGCUGCCCUUACCCUCACCAGGCACUGCUACCUCGGGAGGGGAUCUCAGAAAAGGGAGUUUUCCAAACUGAAUAAACAUUUCCUAUGAUGAAAGACAGAAGAAAAAGAAGCAAAACAAAGGGAUGGGCUUCAUAGCACAGAUACUUGUGUGAACGCCAGAGCACUUUCAACCCUCAUCAGUAAAGGCAUGAAUACAAAGAGGUUAUUAAAUCAUCUCUUUCUUUAAAGUUUGUUCCACAGACAGGCUGGCUCCACAGGGCAGAAAUAAGCAGAGAGAAAAAAGGGCAAUAAAGCAGAGCAGUAACAGCAUCUGGUGGAGGUUCGGGGCUCGCUGUGCCCCAGCCUGCACUGCUCCCUUCUCUGGGGGAAGAGCAGAGCCCUCCCUAUGAAGCUCUCACUUGUGAGAACACACAGACAGACGUGCAUCAAAGUGAGAUGAGGCUGAUCGGCAUCCUGGGGACACCUGUCCAUAUGGAUUACGAAUAACCUCUUCAUCAUUAGCACCUUAUACACUGGCUUCGUUGGGUCUUUUCCAGGAUAAAUGGGCGCUUCCAUCUCUCCCCUUCACGAAGCAGCCAGCGGGAGCAGCACACGGUCUGCACAUGCCUGUGCAGCAGAGCUCAUACGAUGGUGGGGUAUUUUGCCCCAUGACAGAGGGGUUUGUACUGAUGUAAAAGCACAGCAUGACACUGGAGCUGCAGCCAAGAACAUCAGAGCAAGCACUGAACGAUAGCUGUGUGUGGAACAGAGGGGCACAGUGAGUUUGUGAACCUUUCCAGCCAUCUGCUGCUGCACGGAGGUGGUGGUUAUUCGUAUGUAGAAUGGGGCUGCCACCACCUCGACUGGUUUUGACUGGGAAAUGCGUGGAAGAUUUCAGGUCAGGUGUACUCCAAGGCAAAUCGAGAGACAGUGCGGUUUGGUUUUAAUGAUUCAGUCCUGAUUGUCACUUCGUCAUUUGUAAAAGAUCACAGUCCCUCCAGGUGGGAAUUGUCAUUUACGUAAUUAAUCAGCCAGCUGCAAACGAAUAUCCUCCCAGCUCCGGGUUUGUUACACUGGGAAGGUACCCACGGGCCAAGAUGGUGCUGGUUUUAACACACGCUUCAGUGUAUGCCUCAGAGCUACAAAGGCAUUUCAGAGAAUCAAAUCUAAGUGAUAAAAGAUAAAAAUGCCAAAGUAAGCCAACAAAGUUGUCUCUUCACAGACAUACUGACGUGCAUCCCAGAGAGGAGAGCAGCCCAAUCCUCACAUCUGCAUUCUGUGGUUCAUUAGAUGCCGGGCAUCCAAGAAAAUCUAAGACAAGAACAAGCAUCUAACUAAAUAGCACUGUCUCUACAACUCUUCUAAAGCAACUGAGAACAGAUUUUGUAGCAUGGAUGAUCUUGGAGGUCAUUUCCAACCUUGGCAGUUCUCUGAUUCUGACUGUGUGUUCAAUAAAACCACGUUAGUUCUAUAUGAAAGGGAUUACAGGGAUUUAAUACAACUAGAGGAUUAGAAAUAAGAAUUACACCUGGCCUGCAGAGGAAGAACAGAUCCCAGCACUGCAUAUUAGCAGUCAGCACAGUCCCACCUGGAAGCUCCAGUUGUUUGGGAAGGCAGAACUUCCCCGUACCUCUCUGUUUGGCUCAUAAACCUCUGUGCAAUUCUGCAAGUCACGAGAGACAACGUAAAUGAGAUGCUGAACUCAGGAAAUAGAGCUGAGCAAAAGCAACUCCAAAUUGGUCCCCGUAGGAUCGGCAAACUAAAAUAAACAACAAGGGAAAGAGAAGCCAGUGUCACCAAGCCAGAUGCAUGCAAAGCACAUCCACAACAGUCCCUGAGUGCUUCCCACUGUAAGCAGCAGCGAGCAGAGCGGGCUGCCCCAGCCAGGCUCAGCCAAAGGUCCCGGGGCACCACUCUGAGAUGUGGUGAUGCUCAAACUCUGCAGUGCCAAAGUUCAGGAUAGACCCCACUCUAGAAUUACACCCGAAGCUUUCUGAACACCAGAAAGCUGCAGAAGUUAUUUGUCUCUUAACCUGAAGGUUUUGUGUUGUAGAGAAACCGCCUAGGACAGCCAUUUUUACAAGGCUGUUCACUUCUUAGUCACCUAAUGCUUGUAUCUGAAAGAAAGCUCAAGUGCAGAUAUCACUUUCAGUAUAAAGCCGCUCCAAAAUAGACACGUAUUGCCCUGUCUGCUUUAAAAGCCAUAGAACACCCGUGGAAUUCACAUCCAAGCUCAAUGCUUCUCAAAAACGAUGCGGGGAAGGAAGCAGAGGGAAGGAGAGCCCCCAGGGCUGGAACUGCUUACCAGCAGCAGAGCUGCCCCUGAGCUCCUCACUCCUGCCCUUACCUGAGAGUUUCUGGCACAGCUGCACCACGAGGUCAGGAAGCACUACUUGAGCUGCUCUCCAGGGCUCCUCAGUUGCCUCAUCACACUCAGCUGAGACAUCCCUGAAGCCUUUAAGAAUUGGGUUGAGUGGGGAGCUCUGGGCUGGGAGCUCUACACUGGCUAUCUGCUCUUGGAUCUGCCUGAGGAGUAGGUGGUACACAGCUCUGAGGCCAAGAAGAGAACCCUGACAGGUGACAGCAGACUAAUCAGUACACCCCAAUGAACACAUAUAAGCACUUAUGAACGCAUGACAUCUACGUGUGACAUACGUACUGCAUAGGCCAGGUCCAAACAUCAGCCAUCAUACCAUCUGCUUGCACACCUACAUGUAACCUGCUAAUUAACCCUUCUAGGCUGGGUGGUUUCCUUUGUUUCGUUACCAACACAGCAUGAGUCCAGAAAUACAUUAGAUAGAUAGUUGUCCUUCUGCUGAAGCAAGAGAGAAACAUUCAGAGCAGGAAAACUUUAUCCUGCUCAGCUCUGCUGUCCCUUACUGACCCGAGGUGCCAGGCAAGCCGCUCUGGUUAAACACUGAUUGAGAGCUGUCCAUGCAACACGUUGGAAUCCCUUUGUGAAUUACCUUACGACCAAAGCGUGAUUUCUGCUUUCUGUUCUGACGGAGCAAACUGAAUAACGACUGACAGCAAACGAGCAGCUCCCAGUGCCGGUGCCGUCGGAUGCACACAGUCUCUUGGAAUGCGUAGAUGUCUUAAUGAAUACUAACGACUGGCUGAAUAGCUGCAGAUGACGGACAGCACGAGACCGCAAACAGCCGCGGAAUAAAAGCGUUGGCUGUUAAACAUCGCGCCGUCAGAAACCCGACGCGAAGCCCCGCUCUGUGCGCCCGGCAGCGCUCCCGUGUGCGGCUCCGCGGGCGCACAGUGACCUCCUCUGUUGGGACGCGGCGGCGGUGCGGGCACAGCGAGUCCUGCCAGCCCGGACCGCAGGCGAAGGGAUGGGACGAGGUGCCACCGAAUGCCACCCCUGCGCUGAAGUGCUGGCUGCGGCUGGCUGCCGCGAUGCUGGAGCUCCUGCAGCCUCUGCCCGAGCCUCUGCCAGCUCCUGGGGUGAAAAUGGCUUCUGAAGUAACGAGGAAGAGGCGCAGCUCCCCGAACUUCGGCUGCAUGCGUGUUUCUGGGCUUGCAAAAUUUCGUUGCUUUACUUUUUGUUCCCUGUUCUUCAAAGACGGACGAAACGUAUCAGACUUCUCCAGAUAAAAAAAAACAAAGGCACUGGGGCAGGGUCUGCAGCCCUGGUUUCUGGUGCUGCCCUGCACACCCCACACCUUCCUCCCUUACCCCCACUUGAGCUGAUGGGACCCGGAGGGCGUUUUCAGUCCUGCAUGCAGAGCACGCACUGCGCACGUGGGUUUUACCGUGGCCGGAGCUUCGUCCUGGAGUACUGCCGGCAGAAAAAAAAAACAUUCAAGCAAAAGUUACUCCUUUAAACUAUGAAAAGCCAAACGAGCGGAGGGAGGAGGAAGCACGAAUCGACUCCCUGCAGCUGGAAGCGGAGGGCAGUGAGCCCCCGGUUUGCAGGGCGAGAUCUGCAGCAGGGCAGCUCCCGGGCGGCUGUACCUUUCCCCUGCUGCCUCUGAGGGGUACGGGCAAGGGCAUCGCUGCCUUCCUCCACCUGCCCGGGGGCACUCGGAGCUGACUUCUAAUUAGGCGUUUACCUCCACAUCUCGACACUGGGGCAGAGACCGCCAGCACUUCCCACGGCCUCUGUCUCCGGGGAGAUGCUUUGGGGGAGAUGCGGAGGUGUUCCUAGCGGGACACGUGGGGAUACUCCGGAGGGAUCGAGGGUACGGCAGCAUGCCGUGAGAGCGGUGCGGGGCGCAGCCGGGGGCCGCGGGGAUGCUCGGGGCGGCGGCGGCGGGGAGAGAAGGGCUGCACCCCGGCGGGGCGGGAGGCGGGGCCGGGCCGGGGAGGGGCGGCAGCCCCGCGGCUGCGGAGAGGCGCUGGGCCAUGGAGAGCGGCGGGGAGCUGAACGGUUCCGCCGCCGCCUCCGGGCGCUUCGCGACCGCCGGCACCGCGGCGCUGGGCGCGCUCAUGGCUCUGCUGAUCGCCGUCACCGUGGCCGGCAACGCGCUGGUGAUGCUGGCUUUCGUGGCGGACUCCAGCUUGCGCACCCAGAACAACUUCUUCCUCCUCAACCUGGCCAUCUCGGAUUUCCUAGUAGGUGCCUUCUGCAUUCCCCUGUACGUGCCCUACGUGCUGACAGGGAGAUGGAUCUUCGGGAGAAGCCUCUGCAAACUCUGGCUGGUAGUUGAUUACCUGCUCUGCACCUCUUCGGUCUUCAACAUCGUGCUGAUUAGCUAUGACAGAUUCCUCUCGGUGACAAGAGCGGUGUCCUACAGAGCCCAGCAAGGCAACACGAGGCGGGCAGUGCUGAAGAUGGUGCUGGUGUGGGUAUUAGCGUUCCUGCUUUAUGGGCCUGCCAUUAUCAGCUGGGAGUAUAUCUCGGGUGAGAGUAUCAUACCCACUGGGGAAUGCUACGCUGAGUUUUUCUACAAUUGGUACUUCCUCAUGACGGCCUCCACGCUGGAGUUUUUCACUCCUUUUAUCAGCGUGAUGUUUUUCAACCUGAGCAUUUACCUGAACAUACAAAAACGUACCAAACUGCGCCUGGAUGUUUUCCACGAAGUGCACAACCGGUCCUUCGCUGAAGAGAUGGAAAUGAGCCCAGAAGCAAAGCUUUCUUCCAAAUGCUACAAGUGGGAGCAGAAGGAGCCAGCUGAAACCCUCGGCCUCUCUAAGAGCAAAGCACAAGCAGCAGCUUCCAGUGCUGCAGAGGACCUGCUGACAGCCACUGCGGGGGGAUCCCAGUGCUGCAACAAAAAGGGCUGUAAGAAUUCAGCAUCCGCACUGUCCUUAGAGAAAAGGGUGAAGGUGGUCUCCCAGGGUGUGACCCAACGCUUCAGGCUCUCCAGAGACAAGAAAGUAGCCAAAUCGCUGGCAAUCAUCGUGGGUAUUUUUGGGAUUUGCUGGGCGCCAUACACCCUCCUUAUGAUUAUCCGUGCUGGCUGCCACGGCCACUGCAUCUCCGACUACUGGUACGAGACUUCCUUUUGGCUGCUGUGGAUCAACUCAGCUGUCAACCCCGUCCUAUAUCCUCUCUGUCACUACAGCUUCAGAAGAGCUUUUAUUAAACUCCUCUGUCCGAAGAAGCUGAAGAUUCAACCUCACGAUCCCCUGCAGAACUGCUGGAAAUGAAGGCAGCCUCGGGUGCGGGAGAGCCUUUGUAACACAGGCGUAGUAUUGCUUCUCCAGAAGCACUGAUCUGCAGCACGUGAGGAGGGCAGCUGGGAGAUCACUAUCAACUUAUGCCAGUUCAUCACCAACAAAACCGAGCAGAACGGGGCUGAGGAGGUUGGGUUUUUUCCAUUUUAACGUUAUCCAUAGGCAGUGAUGUGUGCUCCGCCUGCACAGCAGAGCUCUGCUGCCACCUAUCAGCCUGAGCAGCACCAACGUUUUGCUGAAGCGAGAAAGCCUGAAAAUAAACACCUACCCCAAACCCACCGGACUAAACUCACGUUUAAACCAUUAAACUAAAGUUUACAUGAUUGCAAACCUGAUUUUUACUGUGAAUGGGUUUUGAUUUGUUCUCCUUACACUUAAGUUAUUACGAGAUGAUACAGCAAGAAUGAACCACAGGAAGAAAAAAAGCCUCAUUUAUCAUUACUGCUACAGCAGCUACAGCCAUUACGAUCCUCGUUGCAUAUGGUGCGAGGUAUGUCCUUCCCACUGUCCAAGAAGGGACACAUCUCUGCCCCACGGAGUCUACAGCCAGACCGAGUUUACAGCCAGGCUUCCUUUUAAAGCAGAGGACUUUGGUCAAGCUGAUCCAAGCAACACAAUUCUCAUUUUCUAAUUUUCUUUUUAAGCAACCAGCCAGCUUUUUUUCCACAGACAGAGCAGCAGAUUCAAGAGACCAGGGCUCUAACCUAACAUGAGAUAUUGGGCAUUUUAUUCCUGCUUCCCAUCUCGUUCUUCAUCAUACCUGCCCACGUGGACUCCGUAAGCUCUUUGGGAACAGGACUAUGACCACAAAGCAAAAUACUAACUGCCAUCUCUGCUGGCACUGCUCACUGCUAUAGUAAUACAAAUACAUCACCAGUUGCCAUGGCAAGCACUUGUGUUUAACAGUAUUGCAAAGGAAGCUUGAGAUCAUAAGUCUGAAAACUACAUUUAUAAAUGGAAACCCAAAUGCUGUGAAGUUGUACCCACAAGCUGAUGAUGCUGUGGCUGCCAAUUACACUCAGCUGCUGUAAACAGUUUCUUGGCUGUUGCUAGGAAUAAACAAAAAUGCCAUCCUACUUUAUUCCAGUGACGUUUGUUGGGUAGAUCAAUAUUGUCAUCUGAAGUCAGGUUUAAAUGAUGUCUUGUUCUGUGUGUAUGAUAUUGCAGUCUUGUGAUACGUUCUGUCAGGCCAUAAGAUAUGAACUAAAAUACGUGUCUUGAAGUAAGUGUACCAAGAAGUGCCAGCACGCACUGCUGAGCCUCGCGUACCUUCCUGCGUCUGCUGCCUUCUGAGAGUGCCAGUAAAGGACUUCUAUACAAAGUUUGCCAAAUAUUUCAUGGUAAACAGGAUGUUGUUAGAAAUUAUGAAAUCCAACUGAAAGCAAAACAUGUCUGUGUUUGUCUGAGGAGACCAUUAAAGCCAAUAAAGAAAAGGCUCCU